AUGAAAGUUGGAGUUCAAACCUGGCGGAGUUCACCUGUAGGCAGUUGGGAUUUCCUGGAGUCUAUCGCUUUGGAAGUGAGGUAGAGGCACAAUAUAACAAAUCGGCUUGUGCAAGCAUUGUUUGCGAUUAUUCCAACUUUUUGCUUCAGCAGUGCACUUGGAAUGUUAAGAGGGAAGAUGCGGUGAAAGCAAGCAGGUUACAGUGUUUCAAUUUUGCAUAUCGUGGAUGCUUCCCGCUUCCUCGAAACUUCCCAACAUACCAGAGAUCCACUGACACUGAUGUUGGUGACUGCAUGUACACGUGCUCCUCGAAUUCAUUUGAGUUAGCAGCAAUCAUGUGGUAUGGAUGCUACUGUUUGAACAUCUCUCAAUCUGUAAUUCACAAUGUAAUUCAAGAUAAUUACAGAUGCGCUCUAGAAGGUGACCACAGCCUAGGAACAUAUUACUGGGCCUUUCAUUACGAUGUCACUGGGUCCUGUGAACACCCUGGAGACGUUGCUAAUGGCUCGUGGUCAUCAACUAGCACCUACCUUGGAUCCAGACUCACCUUAACAUGUCAACCUGGUUACGUCAUCAAUGGUAGCAAAUCAAUCGACUGCAAACCGAAUGAUGAUGCCCACAAGUCAGACUGGGACAAGAAGAUUCCACAUUGCCAGUCCCUCCCAAGGACUACAUUGCAACCUCCAGCAUCCGAAGUACAUGUUCGGAAAGGCCGAUCAGUGUUUGUUCCCACGCUUGUCAUCUCCGUUGUUCUUGUCGUACUCCUUGUUUCUAUUUUGAUGAGUUGCAGAUACUCUAAGGAAAAGCGAUGCAGAACAGCGUGCAGGAGAAACGAAGACGACAUUAAUCAAGUAGAGAGUUCGGUUGCAUCUCCAUCACCAGAGGUAUCACAGGUCAUACAUACCUAUGCAGAUAUGAGUGACAUUCCAACGAGGGAAACCGAUGGUCCGAAUGCAUCCAGGUUACCCAGUGCUUCACUAUCUUUAAGCAGUGUCUCAUCUAACCUACGACAGACAGCCAGGAUGAUGCCAACAACUGCCGUGGUCACUGAUACCGACGUUGAUGACUAUGGUUACACUCUACCAGGGAGUGAAUCAAUGAUGACUUCAGCGUCGGCAAGCAUGGUGGAUCGAUGUCCAAUUGAUGAUGAUAUUGACGAGUAUGGUUAUCAAAUACCGAGAAAACGUGAAGAAAGUUACUAUACAGAAUUGAUUUAAAUAUUAUAAAUUUAUGCCAUAAGCAUUUAAUCGGUUGUUAGUAUGAUGAGGUUAGUUGUUUGUGGAUUAUCCUCGUUUUCUUUUAUUUCAAAAUGUUUAUUUUGGGGGUGGUAUUGUGCUACCUGUCCUGUUGCAUACAAAAUUCCUUUGAUGGUAAAUUUGCCAUCAAUCUUUCACUCAAGAGCCAAUCAAAUCAAGGUUUCCAUGGAAGUUGCAAAGGUACCAUCAAUGAUAACAAUUUAUGCGACAGGGAUCAGGUCACAUAACUGGUAAUAUAUUUUUUCCCCGUUUUAUUUCAACAGGGUAGCCUCAUCAGUAGUUAAAAUACUGUUAAACUUGGGGGCCCUGCAUAACAUAAAUAUACAUAUAAAGACAUAUAUAUAUACACGAAAACAUCAUUACAAGGUGAAUAGUGAACAUGAUUCACCAGAAAUAAUACAGGUUAUAUUUCAAAUGUAAAUGUAACCUCAGCAAGUAAAAAAAAAUCCAAACAAAUCAAGUCGUCAAGAACAUAAAACGUAAACAAAUUUUGAAAUCAAAUCCUUAUAUCGUAAUGAAAAAGCAUACAAGCUGAAUAGUAUUAUAAACAUAAGUAAACAUUAUUUGUAGUUUGUAGAAUAAUUGUGAGAAAUAAAGUAAUCUGUAAUUGGUAACAACUAGUUUGUAUACUCAGUUUAUAUGAACAACGACAACAAAUUAUAAUAACAAGUUGGCCACCGGAGAUCUUGCCAUGUAUAUAUGAAAAUAUGUAAAUGUGAAUACUCACCAAUAGCGCUUUGCUAGCUCAGUAUAUGUUUCAUCGAUGGCCGACGUGUUACCAUGAAAAGGUAGAUCGUGUUCCUGACUGUGACGCCAGACAUGCGUCACAUACAGUGUACACAUUUUUAAACAGGGCAUCAAUUACGUCAUUUCUAGCUUUCUUUUGUGCAAUACUAGAAGGGAGAAUAUAUCUGUAUUCUACGUUCAGUCAGCUUUCCAUUGAUAUAAAGUUGUAUUUCCAUCGGAUAUGUCCUUUAAGAAUAAAAACUGAACAAAAAGUUGAGUUCAGAACACCACUUUAUGCUUGGCUCGGUCGUAAAUCUAAACAUGCAGUCUAACCUUUCGGUCUUUUUGUCAGAUUUGGUGAAUGCCUUUUGUUUUUUGUUACUUUAUCUCUCUUACGAUUCUCAUCUGCUCAUUUUCUACUUACGAUUCUCGACCGCCAACAUCGUUUUUUUUUUUGCUACUCUGUACGAUUCCACAUAUUCGUAUAAUAAAUAAUCAGAACUUUAAUUUUGUGAA